CCUGUUUAUCCUUUGGAUUAAAAGUCUAUUUGGUGGGGGUGUUGCUCCAGCCCUAUAUUAUAGGAUAAGGUUCUACAACACUACAUACUGUUUACGACGAAGCUCCAGAAACAUGUCUAUCUAUACGGUUUUGGCUGCUUUGUUGGUGCUGAGUAUCACAACUACAGGUAAGUGUCCCCAGGAGAGCUCAAUAUUGAAUGCUCUACCACAUUACUUACAAUUCCAGGUUAUCUAUGAGCCUGAAAUGCCAUAUGGGGUUUAGGCUGUAAACUAGGAACUAUGGCGUUCCUGCAAUUUUUAGGUCUAUAUAACCAAAGUGAAACCUUUUUUCUAAUUCCAUUUGUGAAAUUUGGAAUGGCAGUAUGGACAUCGGAAGCUUUAUUUAAGGAAGUGACUUAAAGGCAGGCAGUAGUAAUAUUAAUGUUGUCCCUUCAAUACUUAUUUUCCAAAACAUUUCUAGAUAUACAGACAACCUUUAUGGAUAUUUACUACAAUAUUAAUAAACAAAAUGGUUUUGUAUAUGGGAUCCUAGUGAUUAUAUUUAACUAAUAGAUUUAGAAGUUUUGUUCAAGUGUCAUUAUUUUCUGAUUUGUUGAUUGAUCAUGUGCCACAUUACCUCUAUUUGUCCGGUAACACUUAUCCUUAUAUCCGUAUGUGAGUGUAUAAAAUAUUCAAUAAGAUGCCAAACCAUAUUCACUAAACCAGAAAUUGUUGAGAAUAGACAAGACACUGCAAUUAUUGGGUCAGACUUUAAUGUUGUCGAUUUUAAAAAUUAAAGUUGGAGAAUUUUUCCACUUCAGCUAUUUUGUCCUAAAAUUUUAAUCCUUUUUGGAUUAUUUGUAAUCACUGCAAAUUCUUUUUAUUAGUAUCCUUUAUUUAAAAAAAAACCUAAAUAUUCCACAAAGCUGAGCAAUACAUAUAUUUAUAUAUUUAAUUUAUGAAUCUAUUAUGGACAUGCAUGUUAUUAAUAGCUAUGUAUAUAUCAUGAAAAUAACAAAUUAUAAAUAAAAUUGUGCUUAGAAUAUAUACACCAAUAUGUUUUAUAGAAAAUGCAUGCACUAAUAUCUCUCAAGGUGGGAAAACUGCAAUGUUUUACAUUGCAGAGUAAAAUGACAGGACCACAGCUCCCAGACCACUAUAAUGAGAUGGUUAACUAGAGGGGUCCUUUAAAUGGAACCUGUUUAGACACCUGAGCCCUGCAACUGCAAAAGUCUGAUACAAUGUUUAUACUAUCCGGGCAACGGCAGAAUUGGUGUAUUUGUUAAUUUAUCUGUAUCUGUGUCAUUGUGUAUAUGUGUGUCUGUGUUUCUGUAUAUGUGUUUGUGUGUGUCUGUGUGUGUGCAUGUAUGUGUGUUAGUGUUUGUAUCUAUGUGUCUGUGUAUUCAGAUGUGUGCCUGUGUAUGUGUGUAUGUGUAUCAGUGUGGAGUGGGCAGUGUAUAUCUAUAUGUGUAUACAUCUGAGCAUUCAAACUCCAACACUACCCACAAAUGCAACCCUGCAUGUAAACAUCAGCACUAUAUACAGGCACACAAGUAUACAAAUGCUUUUAAGUGGCAACAGUACAUAAAAACACACAAACACAAUACUACACAAACACUCCGGCGUACUCCGUACAAAAACAUGCAUGCAAAGCACUGUGAGAAUUGUAUGACAGAUGGGGAGCUACCUUUUUUUCCAUCCUUGGAAUAUGCCCCCCCCCCCCAAAACAUUCUUACACUCUGCUUUGGUUCCACCACUGUACCAGGGGCCAGGGCAUCUCUGAUUCCUGAUUAUCGCUAUUGAAAUCUUAACAGCUUAAUAGUUCUAAAUAGAGUCUGUCUGAUAAAAUAAGAGAUGAUUGUGAAGUAUGGUAUCAACAUGUUGGAUUUAACUGUUCUUGUACAUUAAACAUUUAUGCAAUGCUGAUAAAAAAAACCCUCCUGUUUCCUGUUUCCAUUUUAUCUUGACUCCGUGCAAUCUCUUGUUAGAUUAACCGUUCUCCUAGAACAGCAUGUGAGAAAUAUAUGUACUUGGUACUAUUAAGAAGACCUGUCAAAUUCCUAUUUCUGAUUUUGUGCAUAGUCUAUUUAUCGAAAUCAAAGUAAGCAACACUGAUGUGUAUGACCUUAGUAUGGCUGAUUGCCUAAACUAGGUAAGGGUAAGGGUCAUUUUGAAAAGUUUAGCUUUUUCUGUGUUAUAUACAUACCACCCAACAUUGCAGAAGGAUUGGCAAAUAGGGAAACUUUAAUUUCACUGGUGUGAGUGGUGGUGUGACCUGUACUAGGGCUGCUCCGAGUUAUUGUAAGUGACUUUCUGAUAACAAUUUUUAAAACUAAAAUGUGAUUUAGAACAGGAACAAUGCAUCUUAUUUACACAGACUGCUUUCUAAACACAUUUAUUGUAGUUUAAAGACACAUUACAAUGAGUAUUAUUGCUGCAAGACUCUGAUAUACACUCAGACACAAAAACAAUAGAGCUCCGAGAAAAAGGGUAGCAUUCGAAUAGAAAAGAGGGACAGAGGAAUUUGGCUCAAAAUAGUGACUGCCCCUUCUAAACAGGGUAACUUGAAAUGUAUCCAGAAAAAAUAGAAAGAAAUAACUUGUAAUGUAUAUAUAUAUAUGGAAAGCUAUUUACUUCUCCCAUAUCCAUUUAACUGCAAAUGUUGCCUACUCAAUAUCAAGUCAACAUCUGCAAUAGAGACUCAAUUCAAAAAUAUUGAUAUUUUACAUUUGCAACUUAUCAAUUUUCUGAAAAUGAAACAAAAGUAAUAGAUACUAAUCUCAAAUAUCACUGCUCUCCUUAAAUCUCUUGCAUGUUUAGUCCUUUAUGUUGCGCUAUGGCCAUUAUAAUAUAAAAUAUAAGGUAAACAUAAACAUCUAAAUUAAAAAGGGCUUUUAUCUUCUCAGUGUCCAGGACACCUCUCUAAUUUUGUACUUGUGUUUAUUGGAUUAUAACAUCACAGACUCCUGAGUAUUUACCUGGCAUUAACAUUUCUUCAGGUUAUUGAGUGCGCAAACAUGUUAAUGGAUUAUAAACCUUGGAAAGCAAGCAUAUGUAGAUCUGGCAUUGUGUGAAAACAAUACACUCUCCCACAUGUCAUUGAGUCAUGUAAACUGGUAUAAUACUUACAGAAUGUCAGAGAGAGGUUGCUGGUUAAUAUGUAACUAUGGCUACAUUGCAUUGAUUACCCAUCUAAUGAAAUACUUAAUUACCUGCUAAUUUACAUUUAUCUGUAAAAUGUGCCCAUUAAUAUUGUUUUGUGUAUUUGGAUGCAUAAGUCCCAACAUUUUAAAUGGACAAAGAGGGAAACUUUAUUUUAGGAGUGUGAGUGGGGGUUUGGUCAAGGGAAAGGGCUGUUUAAGUGAUUUACUAAUAACAAUUUAUACAAUUAAAAUGGAAUUUAGAACAACAAUGUAUCUUUUUUUUGCACAGACUGAUUUCGAAACACAUAUAUUGUAGUUUAAAGAUACGUUACUGUGAGUAUUAUUGCUGUGGUGCUCUGUUAUACACUGUGACAAACCAAUACUAUCGAGAUCCUAGAAAAGAGGGAUAUUAGAAGAAAAUUAGAGAAACAGAGAGAUUUGUGUCCAAAAAAGGGACUGCUCAUCCUAAUUAGGGACACUUGGGAUAUAUGUAAGUAUGUACAACUACUGUUUCUGUCUUUUUGUUCCAGAAUGUUAUCCUCGAGGUCGGAUACUGGGAGGAAAGGAGUCUGCUGGCAGGCCAUACAUGGUGUCACUGCAACUUGAUGGAGUCCACUUUUGUGGUGGGCUGUUGAUCUCUGAUGAGUGGAUACUCAGUGCAGCUCACUGCAUGCCCGCUGGGUAAAUACAUCUAUUGAUUCAACAAACAUUUACCAAGACCAUUCUAAAAUGUAUAUUUAGUGAUAGUCAAAAUUGACAAAUAUUGAUUUACCAAUAAACUUAGGUGAGCACCCAUAGUUUUCUUAUUUUGAUUUAUUUAACUCUUCUGUCACUUUAACUUUUCUUUCAUUAGUAACAAGACACUCCAUGUGAUGCUUGGGGAGUCCUCUCUGAAGCAAACAGCAAACAGCAAAACAAGAGUGGAAUUUGAAAUCAAGAAGUAUUUUGUUCACCCACUUUACAACAGUAGCUUAAUUGCUCAUGAUCUGCUGUUAUUGAAGGUAAGGAGAGACCAUUAUAUAUUAUUUAUACACAGGUAAGGUAAUAAACAUGCUCAGAACAUUUAUACUUACAAGGUUAUUUACAAAAGUGAGAAUUCUAUGUGAAUGUCAAAAUAUCUGAACUGGGAAAAUUGUCAAGGUCAGCUAUGCUUUCAGUUUGGCUAUUCUGGACUCAAAAUUUGAAAUGCUCUUUGAUUUUACUUGGAAUUCUCACCUAAGUAAAUAACGGUGUCAGAACUAAUGUAGAGAGGGCUCUGGUGCAGAAAAACUAUAGUGCUCCCUAUAGAGCAGGGGUGGCAAAAUGAUAGAUCUGUAACUUCCACAAAACUUUGUAAGGAGUGGAUUUACAAUGUGCCCAUUCUUCCGGGGGUAUAUUUGUGAGCAUUGCCUGUGUUUCAAUCUAGGUGUGCUUUUGUAUGCAGUAUGCAUAUACAGAUAUUUUGCCUCUAGUGCUGGAGUUUUUAACUCUGAGAUUUUUCUGUGUACUGUGUUGGCAUUUGAAUGUUUGUUGGUAGUGUUGGUGUGUGCAUGCAGUGGUUUGUUUUUUUGUAGUGUUGGCAUUAGAAUGCAGUGAUGUGUUUAUGUGUAAUGUUGGUGUUUGCAUGCAGGCUUUAUUCACAUAUAGACAAUGCAGGCGCCAAAGCACACACACUGACAUACACAAGACCUCUCUCCAAGACCAGCUAUUAAACUGAAACGCUGCACAUACAGACUACAAGUAGCAUGAACAUUUCAAAUUACUGAAGUGGUCAUUUAACUUCUAUGUUAUAUAUGUAGUGGGUUAAUAUUUCUAUGUUCUAUAUUUAAUGGGUUUCUUGAUAAGAGGACAUAGUCUUGAUAAGAAACCCAUUAAAUAUAGAACAUAGAAUUAUUUUAAUUUUAAGUUCCUUUUAUCAUUCUUUGUUUUACAUAUGCAACCUUGAAAGAUAUAUAAACAACUUACAAUAUGGUUGCUCCAAAUUUAACCUCCAUAGUUAACCUACUGUUCUAAGAAGAAGUGCAAAAAUGUUAGAGGGGAGUCAGCGGUAGUUUCGAUGGUGAUUGUCCCAGUUUUCGUAAUUUAUUCUCCCACGUUAAAAUUAGUGUAGGAACGAAUUGGGGUACUGUGAAGUAGUGUUUGGUCUUAGCACAAUAUGGCCAUAGGGUGGAACUGAAUACCCAUAUUUAUUUGCUGAGAUAGGUGAUUUUAUGUAGCCUUAUAAAAUGUAAAAUAAUUUUUAUGUGUGCACUAUUCAUUUUUCUGUAUUAUGUAUAUAUUUAGGUCUCUACGGCAGCACCACUUAUUAGAGCAGAGCACUUGGAUACAUUUUCAUAAAUGUGUCAUAUAGUGACAAGCUAAAAUACAUAUAUCCAAAUAUAUUAUGUUUGUGGCGGAGCUUAGCAUUCAAAAACUAUUGAUUACAAUAUUUUUAAUGGUGUUUUUAAUUAUAAUAGUGGUUUCAUUUACUAGAGAUAUUGGUUGAUUCAUUAAAGUUGAGUGACAGACAGAUUUCUGGAAGUAAUUUUCGAGAUGUGAAUUUACCUGAUGUCUCUUGAUUUGAUUUCCAGCUCCCAAAUAAGGUCAAUGUGAGUGAUGCCAUUAAGCCCAUGCCAUUCCAGAAAGAAGAUGUUGAUAUUCCAGAGGGCACACGUUGUUUAGUGUCUGGCUGGGGACAGAUAAGGCUUACCGGCAAGAGGCCAGAUACUUUAAAUGAGGUGUUGGUUACGGUGAUCAGCAGAGACCAAUGUAAUCGUCGAGACUACUAUGAUAAUGAACUUACUGACAAUAUGAUGUGUGCUGGAGAAAAGGGCAAAGACUCUUGUGAGGUGAGGAAUCGUACAAAAUCAGGUUGUUGGAGUAUGUAGAUAUUAUAAAAAACAUACAAACAUAGAAUGUGACAGCCGAUAAGAACCAUUCGGCCCAUUUAGUCUGCCCAAUUUUCUAAACACUUUCAUUAGUCCCUGGCUUUAUCUUAAGUCUAGGAUAGUCUUAUGCCUAUCCCACGCAUGCUUAAACUCCCUCACUGUGUUAACCUCUACCACUUUAGCUGGAAGGCUAUUCUAUGUGUCCACUACCCUCUCUGUAAAGUGAUACUUCCUGAAAUUGUUUUUAAACCUUUGCCCCUCUAAUUUAAGACUAUGUCCUCUAGUUGUAGUAGUUUUUGUUCUUUUAAAUAUAGUCUGCUCCUUUACUUAAAUAUAGUCUGCUCCUUUGUUGAUUCCCUUUAUGUAUUUAAAUGUUUCUACCAUAUCCCCCCCGUCUUGUCUUUCCUCCAAGCUAGACAUGUUAAGAAAAACCAGGACAUUGUUAUGCUAGUAUCCUUAAUGACAGGAAGGACUGACAAAUACUGCAAUAUGUGCAUGCCUAAUUAUCUGCAUAUUUUUAGUAAAAAGAACAAACAAAAAAAACAGGAAAAAUAACAAGAGUAAGUCAGGCAAAAAUCAGGUAAUUAUAUGAUAGAAGGUAUAGUAGCUGACUUACAAAUUGCAGUAAAGCUUACAAUACAGUAAAGUAUAUCAAAAAGAAGAACCACUGAUACAUAGAGAAUACAUAUCUCAAUGAUGUCAGAAAGCUAUAAAGGAAGCCCAUAGCAUAAGUAACCUGAAUAUAGUCCUCAUGGGCCAACACAGGACUAAACUAAACCCAGAUCUGAAAUACACAGGCUACACACAUUGAGAAUGGAGGGAGUAGCAGUAGUGCAGGUAUGAUGCAGGGCACCCCCACCAGCCCAGGAUGGUGUUCUGGCCAGCAUCUUUGUGCCACAGACUUUGAGGUUCAAUAAGUCCCAGUCCUACCCAGACAGGGUGGAGCAAAAGGCUGUGUUGUAAUACCUGCAUUCGGUCCUCAGUACUGGUGGGUGAUGUAGUAGAGUCUUGCUCUUUUUUGCUCUUGGUCUAGGUCGGCAGACAACAGAAUGUACAUGCGCUUUAACAGCUGAAAGGCUUGAGGGAGGCCCACUCAGCACACGGCACCUGCCCCUCCAAUCACUUGUUAAGAGCUUAGGCUUCACCAUGGCUUGUCGAGCUGUUAAUAAGGCCCAGAAAUGGUCUACAAGGUCCACAAUGUUCUAGGUAAUGGCCUACAAGGCAUUCCUUCCUGGUCUGCAGUGACUCAGAACCAUGAGGAUGAAGUAGAGACAUCAUCUUGAAAUAACGUGUGCUUUAUUUCCCCCUUUACGGGGCUUUAAGAAAUCCCUGUAAGAGAACUACGUUCUCGCAAGCAGAAGAGCGCCCGCCUCACCUGCCGGGCAAGGUCCCUAGGCCUUAUCGUAGCCUCUGUUAAAUGCAGGAAUUGUGGACAGCUGCAGUAUUAAGAGGUGUUCAGGCCGGUACUGGAACAGGUAAGACUUGAGAAAGGGUUCUGUGGCGAGCUGGUAAGCAGUUAAUUCUCUAAGUUUGGAGAUCGAACUUGGAGCUCACACAAUGUGCUUCUAGCCAGCCAUUAUGCCCCUUUUUAAUAACGAAUGCAUAUGGAAAAUAAAUAGUGUGGGAUUAUAUUGAAUCUGUGAAAAUGCCUGAGCACAUAUCAUUGCCCACCCACCUCACUAUUUUGGCCACUGUCCUAAUCCCACCCUAAUCUGCCUGGAGUGGCUAGGUUCCCCAAUCCCUUAGACAUGUCCUAAUAAAAAAUAAAAUGACUCCACAACAAAAAUGAAUCAAUGUGAGUCCGGCAAGGGCUCUGCACAGAAUAAGCUUUCAAGGCAAGGAAAGUCUUUAUAAAGGCUUUCCCAUAGUUUAAAAUCUCAGAAGAGAGCUCUGGUUGGCUUGUAAAACAACCAAUCAGCACUUUGGAAGGCAAAUCUCAAUUCUCUCAACACUUGUGAUGGUAAUAUUCCCAGGAAUUCAACAAUUCGGGUCUAGGUUUAAGCUGUCCGGCAGCUUUUGGUCAGGCGGAAGUCGGAACCAAAUACAGGCUUGUUUAGACUCUGCAAAUCCAAACAUGGUUAAUUAGUAUAAUGCUUUUAAAUUCCCUGGUAAAACUUACCUGGUGGUCCACCGGUGGUUAAAGAUAAAAUUCCCUAGUGGUCCAGCAGGGCUUAGAAUUCUAGCAUGAGGGCUUUGGGGGGGGUGGGGGGGGUUGUCUAAUGGGGGAAGGAGUGAACAUUAGGACCUGGCAGGGAGCCAGUACUAGGAAGGGAGAGAAAGCAAGAACCCCACUAGAGGGCAGAUUAAAAAGCUGCUGCUGUAUCCAAUGCCUCCCUUCCGGCUGACUCUUUUGUGGGUAUCUGUGGUUUGCAGCUCUAUUGGGUGCAAACCACAGUGAACACUCCAUCUUCCAGUGCUCAUUAGUGUGUGCAGGACUGUAAGGGUGCAACUACAUUGUUUGCACCCAAUAGUUUCCUGCAUCAGCCCUGUUGCUUGCCCACGGCAGGGCUAAAUGGGAAAAAAAACAUUUUUCCAGCCCAGAACUAAGAAGGCUAUAAGGGUUAUGUUGUUUGUAAUUUGAUGUUAUAUUACUCUAGAACAAUAACAAAAAUGUGAAAAAAUCUUGAAACACAUAAUUCACAAAGGGUUAAACUAACUUUCGAGCAUAACUAAUUUUUAGCAACCAAGAGGAUUAGCAAGUCUCAAUGGGGGACUAUCCCUGUCUAUUGUGUAUUUCUUUAUCUGUUUGCUUUUUGACAUUGCAAAGCUUUGUUAUAUUGUAUGUACAGGGCUGGUGCAAGGAUGUUUGGCUACAGAAGCGUAGAUGCAUUUUUGGGGGCCUUCUCCCUGUUCCCUACAAAAAUGCGUCCUCCCCUGUGUGUUCCUUAAUCACCACUCAAAUUUCUUACCCAUUUUGUGUUUCUUAUCCUCUACUUUUUUUCUUACACUCACCUUUAAUAUAUCUUAUCCCCCCCUUUUUUUUUUCCUUUGUGUCUCAUGCAUCCCAUCCUUUGUGUGUCGCUUAUUUCCCCCCAGCACCUUUGUGUGUCUCUUUCUACACCAGCUCCUUUGUGUGUCUUUUUCUCCCCCAGCCCCUCUAUGUGUCUUUCUUCCUCCAGUCCCUUUGUGUGUCUCUUUCUUCCCCCAACUCCUCUAUAUCGCUCUGUGUACCCCAGCCCCACUUGGUGUCUCCCCCAGCCUCUGGCUGUCUCAUUUGCCCCUUCCCUAGCAUCUGUCUCUUUUUCUCCUUCCCCAGCCCCUUUGUGUCUUUUUGUGUGUGUCCCAGUCCCUCUUUUGUCUCCCCCACAAGCCACAAGCCCAAUUUGUAUGUCUCUCCCACCCAGCACCUUGUCUCUUUUUCCCCAGCUCCUCUGUCCCUUUGUGUCCCCACAGCCCCUCCAUGUAUCUCAUCUCCUCCACGAAUCUCAUUCUCCCAGCCCCCCAAGUGUCUUAAUUCCUCCCUCCAGCCACUCUAUGUGCUCAUUUCCUGCCCUCCAAUCCUUUCAUGUGUGUCAUUCUCCCAGACCCCCAUGUGUCUCAUUACUCCAUGUGUCUUAUUCUCCCACCCCUGAUAUGUCUCAAUUCCCAUGGCCCCAUGUGUCUCAAUCCCCAUGCCCCCAUGUGUCUCAAUAACCCAGCCUCCCCAUGUGUCUUAAUGACCUAGCCUCCCCAUGUGUCUCAAUCUCCCAGCCCAUCCCAUGUUUCUCAAUCCACAACCCUCCCCAUGUGUCUCAAAUCCCCAACCCCCCAUAUGUGUCUCAAUCCCCCAAUGCCUCCAUGUUCCUCAAUCCAGGAAGCAGUUUGGCACUCUCAGUUAGCGAUUCCUGUCAGACCAGCUGGGUAGAGGGAAACAAACUCCUUCCCCGUGCUUGGCCAUGCUACAUACAGAGACUGGCAGGAGGGUAACACUGUGCUGCGCUAUCCUCCUUCCGGUCAACCGAAUCCAUUGCCCCCUCGGGCAAGUGCACCCCAAGGCGGCCGUAGCACUGGUAGCACAGGCCCUGUACAUGAGAGAAACUGGUGGAUUUGGGAAGAUUUGGUUUUUGGGUUUGCAUGCUAAUAUUUUUUUCCUGAUACUGGAAUACAGUUUCUAAUAAGUUUUUCUUUAUUUAAUAUAUCCUAACAGGGAGACUCUGGAGGACCCCUGAUAUGUAAUGGCGUGGCUGUGGGUAUAGUGUCUUUUGGAUCUCGCAAGUGUGGCAAUGCCAAGAGGCCAGGCAUCUAUACUCGCAUUGUUCGCUACAAUAAUUGGAUAAACAGCACCAUGCAUAAUGCCACCCUGCAAACAACAACCACUUCACCUAUAAAACUGUAAGAGGCAUCCCAAGAGCAUGUAUAAUGAGAAAAAUACUCGGCUAUGGAUUCCAUGACAUGUAUUAACUUCUAACUAAAUAAAAGUCAUUGAAAUUGUUCAUCUGGGCCUGUAUAUCAAUCUUCAGUUUAUUUUGAGAAGCAAAGACAUUUGUACAUCUUCAAAAAAAAAUUGGAUUUGUUGUUUAAUAAAAUGUAUUUGAGGCAAGCAGAUGUAAGUGUGCAGUACAAACAAUACAUUUUUGUACUUGUAUCAAUAUAUUAAAACAAUAUAAAAAUAUUUUUAAAAAUCAUAUUUUUCAU